CUUGAAAAAAACUUCCAACCUUGCGGUGUAGUACGGGCCAUUCAGUCCCCAUUCAGAAUUGUACGAGUGCCGAUUGCGUUGGGAGGGUGUUGAGCCACAUUCCUAUUUGUAAAAACAGCCUAACUUGAUUAGUAUACAAAGAUGACUGGCAGUACGGAACAGUUAGAGGAUGAACUUCGGACAUCGGAUCUACAUCCUAUGAUAAAGUUUAUUGAGCUGUACGAUAAAAAACAUAACGUGACUGAGGUGGAAAUUCCUAUUCCCUAUGGGAAGCUGGCCGGUAAAUGGUUCGGGCCAAAGAAUAUUAGACCUAUAAUUUGUCUGCAUGGCUAUCUGGACAAUUGUGGCACAUUCGAUCGGUUGAUCCCGCUGCUGCCAGAGGAUGUUAGCUUUCUAGCCAUUGAUUUCCCAGGACAUGGUUAUUCUUCACGAGUUCCCGAUGGUAUGGGAUACCACCAGUUGGAUUUCGUAGUUCUCCUGUUGUACGUCAUGAAGGAGUAUGGUUGGGAUAAGAUAGCCCUUAUUGGUCAUUCGAUGGGAGCACAAAUUGCUUUUGUUUUCACGGCACUUUUCCCCGGCAAGGUUGAAUUUCUCAUACACAUCGAUGCCCUCAAGCCGCUGGGUUAUUACGGAAAUAGGUUUAUUACCUAUGCUGCACCAAUGGUAACGAAGUUUAUGGAAGCGGAUAUUAGAAACAGAGAAAAAUCGGAACCUCCAUCCUACACAUACGAAGAAAUGGUAGACAAAAUGCAUGAAGCGACUUUUCAAUCCCUAACGAAAGAUACAUGUCCGUACAUUCUGCAACGGAACAUCAAACCAUCGAGGAAAUUUCCCGGAAAGUAUUAUUUUGAUCGAGACAACAAGCUCAAGUAUAUGAACAUUGUGGGCUGGUCUGACGAAGUGAAUCACACGCUGGCGGCACAAGUUAAGGUUCCCGAGCUGGUCAUAAAGGCGACCGAAUCACCAUACCCGGGCUCUCGGCAGGGUUUCGAAGGAAUGGUGGCAGUACUUAGAAAGCACAACCCCCAAUUCGAGGUACAAUAUCUGAAGGCGUCACACCACCUGCAUCUGACCGAUCCGGAGUUGGUAGCUCCUGUAAUUACCGAAUUUCUUAAGAAGUACUGGAUUCGGCACCCGGAUAAGAUAGCUAGUAAGCUGUGAUUUCAAAGCACUGGAGGCUCGGGAUGAAUUAAAAAGUUUUCGACUACUGUCGAAAAGCCCAAUAAAACAAGUAUUUUCAUUUGA